AUGCAGGGCCGGUCCGGUCGUGGUGCGCCGGGAGGGGACGUGGGCCACCGCCGGGGGGGGUGUGGUGAACACGUGGGUGGGCUUGCCUGCUCCCCAUGUUCCACUCGGGGGGGGGGGGGGGGGGGGACGGGUGGGAGAAUGCAGUCGAAUCGGCUAGCUACUGGGAGCUCUAGCUGGUUCCUAGCGGGGGUGUCGGCUCGCCGGUUUGACGACCGCGCUCCUCGGGGAACGGCGCUAGUCUCUAGAGGAAGUGGAGGCGGCUCCAGGGGGGGUGGGAUCCGACUCUGGCAGGGGAAUCGGUGCGGGAUGGUGUGGGUCGAGAGGGUCGUAACCGCUGGGUAG